UUAUACUACAAAAACAUGAAACAUUUAUAUUAUAAAAAAAAUUAAAACUUUAAUGGAAAUAAUUAAAAUUAUAAUUUUUAUCUUAAUUUCUAUAAAAAUUUAAAAGUAUGAAGAAAAUAGGUAUCUAAAAGUAUAGGAGCUUAGAGUCUAUAUAUGAACAUCUUUCUUUUUCUUCUAGGAAAAUGUUAAAUUCAUUGGAGAUGCCGCAGUGUCAACGAAUUGUGCCCCUUUCUGCCUUGUAAUCUCAAAGAUUAGGCUAAAGUUCAUCUGUUAACCAAGAGGAAGAGGGCGGCCGAGGGAGGGAAGAAAGCUUCAAAUUAGACCAAUCUCUCUCUUCUGGAAAUGAAGGCACUAGGUUUGUGGCUGAUGCUGGUGGGUUCACUUCGGCUAGCCUCAGUUUGGUUCGGUUUCUUCAACAUACGGUCUCUCCGUCGUGGUGUCUACUCCAAAUCCCAAGUGACCGAAGUCCAUGGAAGGACAUUUGGCAUCUGGACUCUGCUCACUUGCACGUUGUGCUAUCUCUGUGCAUUUAACCUUGAAAACAAGACCCUCUACUUAGUUACCUUUCUGUCAUUCGUGUAUGCCUUUUUCCAUUUCUUGACUGAAUACCUGAUAUAUGGUACAACGACCGUCAGGAAUCUCUCAGCUGUUUGCUUCUUUGCAGGCACAUCAAUAAUAUGGAUGCUGUUGCAGUGGAAUUCACAUCAACCUCAAGGAACCUUGAAAGCAGAAUGAAAUCUGACAUCUUCCUCAUUUUUUUUUGCCUUUGGCUACUGUAAACGAAAUUGAACUAUUUCUAGAGUACUUCAGCUUCUAGCUAUCCAUGUAUGCUUUGUUCCAACCUAGACCAGGGUAUGCAGUUCUCUUAAGAGAUGACAGAUACUCUGGGUCUCUUUCAUCUGCCAAAGAGGGAAGGCAGUUACUCCUGAUAAACAUACAGAUUCACCUAAGCUUUCUUUUUUGUUGUCCGGACAUGCCUGUGUUAUGUCAUUCUGUUGAGCAAUUAAAACGGGAUUGAAUGAGGUAGCAUCUCCUGUCAACAGUUUAAGCACCUUUUUUACAUGAUACGACAAGAAUAAAGGGGCUUUUUUUUUUCGUAUACUUGUUUAAAACAGAAGGAUGCUUCAAUUUAAGAAUGAUCGGGACUUUCCAUAGUGGAUAGAUUU